UAGGGGAGCUGCUCGAGCGCUCAUCAACAGCUACAGUAGCUAACAGCUGAAAACUGAAAAAGCCCAGUUUGAGUUCUGAACAGUAAGCUGGCGGCCAGGGCCAGCGGUCACGCGUGCCGGGGACGAGGCCCUAGGGGCAAGCGCCGCGACGCACAUGCCCGCCGGCUGCGGCGCGGCAGCCUUGUGAUGCCGAUCGCCGAGGGCGGCGGCCGGCUGCGGCCUACGGGGCGCCGCGUGUGGUGGGGCGACGUCGGCGGCAGGCGAGUCCAAAUGGGGAUGGCGAUGAGGGGAAUGCGGCAGUGGCUGAUCGGUGAAGAGGCAGAAUGGUGAGAAAUUGAGGUGGUCACUUGGUUCUUCACCUUCCCUCCCACCCAACAUUAAAUUGAAGCUACAGACUGAAAUCUAUGUAUAGUCCUUUUGAGGUGACUGUGAUGUCUGGAAUCAAAUGGGAUCUUGACACUUAGUCAGAGCUACUAUAUUGGCGGAUUCUGCAUAUUACUGAUGAGAUCUUUGGUGAUAGUACCCAAUAUAUGAGCCGUUUGCAGUUCUGCCCAAGAACUGGUGUCACAGGGGGCUUCAAGUUUGGGAAGAGAAUGCCUAGCGAAUUAGUGAUUGAUUGAAGGGCAACGCAAGUGUAUCAGUUCAGAAUUGCAGUUGUUGCGAGUGGUGCUUUCAUGCUUUCUGUGUUGUGUCUGGUUGUAAUCUGGAGGGGUUUGAUGGGGAGUGAUAACUGUGAUUUGAUGAUUUUGUUCUCUUAAUUUUUAUUCCAGUAACCUCGCUGCAGGCAGUUACCAUCAAUGUGAAUGCGUGGAGUGAUGCUGGACAUGCUGUGAAUCAUCUGUAUGAUAUACUCUAUAUGAUGGGCCGUGAUGACAUUCCGGUUGGUGUCGGUGGUGAUGGUGGAAUAUCAGACUCUGGCACCAUUUAUCGAAACGUCGGUGGUUAUUUACCAUUGAUUGAUCAGGGCAUGACAACUGUCGGAGACUGCCGGUACAGGCAAGCUAUUCCACUAGAAGGUGGUGGACGACUGGAUGUCGACACAAACUUUGGGAUCAGAAGGGGGUUCCUUCCACAGGGUCACAGAAGAUAUACUCCACUUCAGCAACCUACAGCACAGCAAGUAAUGAUAGAGACAAUAUCUGCAGGCCCUACAACUGUCAUUAUCACAGGAUCACAUACAAACUUCGCAAUUUUUCUCAUGACAUUUCCACACCUGAAAAGAAACGUGGAGCAUAUAUACAUUAUGGGUGGUGGCGUGAGAUCGAAGAACCCUACAGGUUGCUGUCCAAAAAAUGCUACCACAUCUUGCAUGCCACAGCAGUGUGGUGACCAUGGUAACUUGUUUACUAGUUACACUACGAACCCGAAUGCAGAAUUCAACAUAUUCGGAGAUCCUUUUGCUGCAUACCAGGUGUUCCAUUCUGGCAUUCCAAUCACCCUUGUCCCUCUUGAUGCGACCAAUACAAUUCCAAUCAACGAAGAAUUCUUCCAUGAAUUCCAACAUCAUCAGAGUACGUAUGAGGCACAAUACUGUUUCAAGUCUCUAAAGAUGGCUCGAGACACUUGGUUCAAUGAUCAAUUCUAUACCAGCUAUUUUAUGUGGGAUUCCUUUACUUCUGGUGUUGCCAUAUCUAGCUUGCGCAAUGACAAGAAUGGCGAAUUUGGAAAUGAUUUUGCUCAGCUUGAAUAUAUGAACAUCACAGUAAUAACUUCAAACAAACCAUAUGGUGUGCAUGAUGGCUCAAACCCAUUAUUUGAUGGUCACACAACUCCAAAGUUUGGUCUUAAAAAAGGCGAAGUACAUAGCGGUCAUGUUCAAACUGGAGUUACAGAUAGCUUCUGUCAUGUCAAGGGAAGUAAGAAAGGAAGAUGCGAGGAUGGAUACACUAAGGAAAUAUCUGGUCCAGAAGCAGUCCAGAUUCGUGUUGCCACAAAGGCUAAACCAAAUGCGGAUAAGAAUAGCCCUCUGGACAGGGAGUUUUUCAAGAGCUUCCUAGAGGCACUAAACCUCCGGGAGAACUCUGGCCGUUUCGACAUUAAGGCUCAAUUUCCAUUUUACCGAGAGGUUUUUUACAAGCCAGACUUCAGAAACAAAAAAAUGGGGAGACCUGUUAUUUUUGACAUGGAUAUGAGUCCUGGAGAUUUUUUAUCCCUUAUAUACCUCUUGAAGGCACCUACUGAAGAAGUAGAUUUAAAGGGAAUUUUGGUCAGUGGCAAUGGUUGGGCCAAUGUCGCAAGCAUUGAUAUCAUUUAUGACAUUUUACAUAUGAUGGGCCGUGAUGACAUUCCUGUUGGCCGUGGUAAUACAACCGCAUUAGGCACUCCAACUCUUGGUUGCAAGUAUGUCAGUGUUAUUCCCCAAGGCAGUGGUGGACUUAUUGACUCUGACACUCUCUAUGGACUAGCUCGAUCAUUGCCAAGAAGCCCUAGAAGUUAUACCGCUGAAAAUUCGGUAGAACAUGGUGCUCCCAGAAAUACUGAUCAUCCAGAACUUCGGCAGCCAUUGGCUUUUGAAGUUUGGCAGUUUAUAAAAGAGCAGCUUGAUCCAAGUGAGAAGAUCACUAUUCUUACCAAUGGACCUCUUACAAAUUUGGCAAAUAUCAUGCUCUCUGAUAGCAAUGCAAGUUCUGUAAUAGAGAGUGUUUACAUUGUUGGAGGACAUAUCAGAGAUGAAAAUGAUUCAAAGGGAAACGUGUUUACUGUUCCAUCAAAUAGAUAUGCAGAGUUUAAUAUGUUUCUUGAUCCUCUAGCUGCGAAAACAGUCCUGGAGUCCAGUCUGGAUAUCACACUGAUUCCUCUUAGCUCUCAAAGAAAAGCUGCUUCGUUUCAGGCUAUCCUUCAAGCUCUAAAGCACACUGAUCACACUCCAGAAUCAAGUUUUGUCCACCGCUUGUUGUUGUUGAUACAUGACCUUCAGCACAAGCAUCAGGUGUAUCACCAUAUGGAUAUAUUUCUGGGAGAAGUUCUUGGUGCUGUUUACUUGGUGGAAGGACUUAAUAUGAGACCAUCAUUACAAUCAAAGCCAAUAAGCGUUGUUGCCAACAGCACAACAAGAACGGAUGGGCAGAUUGUUGUCAACAAGCAGAGUGCAAAUUCAGUAAAAGUAUUAGUCGAUUGGAGCAUUGAAGAAUAUUACAAUCGAGUUGCCAAUUCUUUACGCAACAAAGAGCAAUCUGCCGUUAUUGGUAGUUUUGCAGAACAAAGCGCAAUCUGGAGCAGGCCACCUGAGAAAUUGGGGGCAUGAACAUAAAGGAUAGCUUUUAUGUAUAAAAUGCUGCUGUAACACAAACCAUUCAGUUUUUCCAGAGUAGAUGUUAUGGUCGGCAAGAAGUAUAGUAUGCGCAGGCAGCAGCAGUCCUUCAAUUCGGUUUGUUUAGAUAGAAUCCAAUUCAGUUUGUUUAGAUGGAGUCCGGUUCGGUUUAGAUAAAUCCAGAUCAGUUUAUCUCUUAGUCAGGAUUGUUUGAGCCGGUUUGGUCUGUUUAGUAGGAGUUGGUUUAGGAUUCUAUCAGCUAGCCGGCUAUAUAUAGUUGGCAAUAGCCUGUAUUAGAAAUUAAGGAAAAUAAGGAGUCUCUUUAUAUCUUUA